AGGGCUGUGUCAGAAGAACGUCCACUUGCUAAGGACUGCAAUGAACUUUCGUCUACAUGUGGUUAAAUACACUCGCUGUUAAAUGCUAACCAACUCCUUCUUUCGAAGGGUAGUCGAGCUGGGGUGAGUGUCUCUUUGCUUUUGACUCUCGUAGGUUCUAAGGGCCAUCUGUCUUAUCAGUUUGUUGGGGGCGAGGCCAAUUCCUUAGCCGUAGGGUCACCCUCCGGUGGCAUUCAUUUUGUGAACGUGGAACCUGCCAAAUACUUUCUGACAGGAUGAGCUCAACCGUGGUCGGAGGAGUGAUGCUUUGCCUUUUGGGCUGCGUCUUGGGCGCUCAUGUGGCAAUGGUUGCAGGAUCAUUGAGUCGUCCCCAGGUGUACGACCUGCUCCGACUCCAUAACCGCCUCCGCUCGGACGUGUCGCCGACACCCUGCCAGCAACUGCGACCGCUGGUUUGGAGUUUGGAGUUGGCACAAGUUGCACAGCGCUAUGCCAGUUCAUGCAACUGGGAGCACAACCCACGGCGGAGCACCCAGGCCACGAAGUUUGCUCGGGUGGGCGAGAACCUGGCGUACAGCACGGCCACGCGUGACAGCGUGUUGGACCUAGUGCAGGCCUGGUACGACGAAAUCGACGACUACACGCUGUCGACGAAUCAAUGCCACGCCAGACCGUGCGGACACUUCACACAGAUUGUCUGGAACACGACAACACACGUUGGAUGUGGCAUGCAUGUGUGCCCUACAUCGUCAACGAAACACUUAACGCUCAACCCCCGGCAGUACCCACAGGUCCUGAUUCUCGUCUGCAACUACGGACCAGCAGGUAACUGGGCUGGUCGGGCCCCCUACUCGGCUUGCAGCGGCAGUGGGCGCCUUCUCCAUGCAAUCACACCUGCACUCAUACAUACGUAUGUUGCUCUUCUUGUGCUUAGAGCUGCGUUUCAAUAGAGCAUAUUGUGCAAUAUUGUACGAAGUACAUUCAUCGAUAACAUAUUGUUAGUCUUGUUAGUUCUUUCCUCACGUUCUUUUCUUGUCGUGAAAGGUGAUGAAGCACAAUCCAUACCACCACUGGUGCACACAUCAUGUGAAAAGGGUCAUGCAAUAUCAAGAGCAGUACGAGGCAGCCUCACGGGCAUGUGUCCUAAUUUCUUAUUAACCCUUUGGAGUUGAUCGUUCCUUUAGGAACGGUCGAUCGUUCCUUUAGGAACGGUGCCCAUGCCACUGUUAUACUUUAAUCCGAUCAGAUUGUGCUGUAUGAAGAUCUGACCAUGUCCAUCAGAUUAAUCUAUUCUGUA